AUGGGAGCCCCGGCAGCAGUUCCCGGUCCGAUCCGCAGCCUCACGGAUCGGCGCAGGGAUGCGCCGCGCAGAACCCAAGGCGUUGAUUCUCUGGUUGGGCGGCUCAGCCGGCGGGCCCGGGAACUCGGGCGUGAUGCUUUGGGCUGGUGCGAGAGAACCCCGCCGCUUCUGACACCCCCCCCCCCCUCCCCGCCCCAAGGACAUCGAGAGGCGAAGAUUUGGGAAACCAGACCUGGGCUGGAAGCCAUGCAGGGCCGGAUCGAGGGGGGGGGCUUGUCCCAGGCGCCGACGGAGGGGGCCCCGCCAAAUUGGUAUCUCUCGCCUUCACAGGAGAUCCAGGGGUUGUUGGUGGGCUGGACAGGCCCAGAACUUGGGGCCUUUGGAGAGCUGGUGCUGGAGGGGCAGUUCCGGGUGCCGCGAGCCCGCAAGGAGCGGGUCUUCUUCCUCCUAAGCAAGGUGAUCCUGAUCGCCAAGCGGCGCAGCGAAGGCUUCGUCUACAAGAGCCACAUCUUCUGCUGCAACUUGGCCCUGCAGGAGAACACGAAGGACCCGCUCAGCUUCCGGAUCUCUGACCUCUCCAUCCCCAAACAGCAGCACCUGGUCCAGGUGAAAAACCAAGAAGAGAAACGACUGUGGAUCCACUACCUGAAGCGUCUGAUAGUGGAGAACCAUCCAGCAUCUAUUCCUCAGAAGGCCAAACAAGUCCUGCUGGAGAACAGCUUCCAGAAUUCCCCAGAGGUCUUCCCGGACGCCCCAAAGAAACCCCUGCCUUCCCCUCGGCUGGAUGAGACUAAAGUCUGCACCCGCGGCAGGCGGCAAUCAGAGCCACCCGAAUACAUGUAUAGUCCCGAGAGAGCUCGGCGGAGCUGCCCCAUCCUACUUCUGGAGAAGAGCGGAUCCUAUCGCCGUGGGCGCAGGCAGUCCGAACCAGCCAAGGAGUCGGAAGGAUCAUUUCAUCAAGCAAACAUGACCGAGUUAAAGCAUGCUGACAGCGCUGGAGAGCUCUUCCCAGCUGCGGAGUCCUUUCGCCCCUCCGGCAGUUCCUGCACUCUGGCUUCCAGCGUGAUGGAGGCUGAGCCAGGAGAUUCAGACCCAGAGGAAGGGGAGUUCUCUCUGUCUGAAGAGCCCGUCCCCACCAACCUGUCCAUCACAGAGGAGAUCCUGGAGCUACUCAGCCAGCGAGGCCUGGACAAGGAAAAAGGGACUGUUCCGGGGCCGGGAAACCCAGAGAUGUCCAGCGUGGGUGUGCAGGAUCAACUCCCACAAAAUGAUGUCCUGAAAGAACUAGAGGAGGAGGAGCCGGACUUCCAGGAAGACACGCCCUUUGAACCCCUCCAUGCUCCAUCCCAAAGCCACUCCCUCCAGGAACGGGCCCUUCCGACACUCAGCCACUCCUUCACCAGCGACUCCUCGGAAGGAGAGGAGGAGAGGCAGCAGGGAGAGGAGAACGGCCCGUCUCCUCUCCAUGUCUUGGAGGAGCUGGCCUCAGAGGACGUCUGCAGCAAGCUGGAAGAUGCCAAUGGCCCUGUCUGCUCUGAGCAGGAGGCAACUGACAGAGAGCGCCUGCCCCAGGGGGAUGGAGACUGGUCCAGCCAGUGCCACCAGAGCUCUCUGGUUGGCUCGGACAAAGAGGAGAAAGGAGCCAAGUGGGAGUCUACGCUAAGCAAAGAUGACUGGCUGCUAAUUGAGAAGAUCAAGAAUUAUUACGAAGGAGCAGAGGCGCUGGUGAAGGGGCCCGGACCGGGCAAGAAAGAGUGCGCCCCUUCUGUGCCCACCGGCGUGGUACGGGAGUCCAUCCUUCGAUUCAACAGCAUCUUAAGCCAAAACGAUGCCCAGGAUGGGGGAGUGGGUGGGGCCAAAUCCAGAAGGCCCCGCCCACCACCCAGCACAUCCAAUCAUGAUCUCUCCGGCAGGGGCCGGAGCGAAUCGUGUAGCACAUUUGGGCCUUCAUGCCGAGAGGAUUCCAAGGAAGGGCAGAGCCAGCCGGCCCUGAGCCCGGAACAGUCCAAAAGGGGGCGGAGCCAGUCUGACGGUGCCCAAUCACCAGAAAGGGCGGAGCUUUCCCAUAACGUAAAGGCCCAGUUAUUACAUCCUAGCUGUAAGAAUUCUGAGAAGGGGCAGGACUCGUCUAACGGCAUCCAUUCGAAUCACACCCAAAACGAUGCUGGCCAAGAAAGGAACCAUCACAGGCCCCAAAGUGGGAGUGGCUUAGAGGAGGAGGUGGAGUCCGAGUUCAAGUCCUGCGCAGAGAUCCGGAAAGCGUGGCAGGAGAAAGAGCGAAGGGUCCUAGAUACCCCGAGAAAAGAGGUCAAAACAGGCAGUAGGGAAUUAUGUUGCCCCCAAGAGACACUGGCGUAUGCGGAACCUUUGUGCAUCGUGGAGGAUUCUGAUUUGGAGGAACCCCUGUCAACUCCAAGCAGAAGUCCACAGCAUGGAGCACACGGCGGAGCGGCAGAAAGAAGGCCGUUGGCCACGGUUGCCGAUGGAUCUUCUGGCUACCUCCCCUCGCUGGACGUCUACGAGAACGGGGACCCGUGUCUCUUGGAGAACUCGGAGCGGAUUAUCAACAAAGUCCAUGCCUUGGCUAAGAUGUACAGUGAGAAAAUCAGUCGGCUGAAAGCUCAAAAGAAGGGGAUGGAGAGGCUGAGGGGACGGCCUCCGAGGAGGGCUGCCAGCGGAAACCUAGUCGGGGCGCAGGAUGGGAGGACGGGAGCCAGCAUCCCCCACUGUGAGCCACGGAUCUAUGGCCACGUCCUCAUCCACGAAUCUCUUCAGCACGUGAUCGGCGUCCAAGAGAAUAUUCCUCUCGUGGCCGCCACCUGGGGAACUGCUCUCGACCUACAUAGCGAGAAGCCCCAUCCUCUCCUUUCUCCAGAUCUCCUGGGUCCGUUAAGGCAGGCGUCACUGUAUCCCGAUUCCUACAAUGGGAGCGUUGUGUCAAAUGCCUUGCCGUGCGUUGGUGGUGAGGGAAUUCCCGCUGCUGCUGAAGAUGGAUGCCCAGGAGUAGAUUCCUCAUCUCCGGCUUGCAACAUGGAUUCUGAGGUCCUAACAGACCCCACCGAGGAAGACUGCAAUGUAGGGGGCCUUCCUUCCUGCCCCAGAUCCCUGGACAAGGCAACCAUUGAGGUCGCAAAUGCAGAGGACUCUGUGGGUACAGCUGAACCAGACAGGGAGACCAAGCAGUUUGGGGCUCCUAAGAUCCAGCCGGGGGUCACUGCAGAAACUGUGAAGUCCAUCCUCCCCCAGCAGAGCCACAGUAACUUGAAAGCAGAAGAUCCAACCGUCUUCUCUGGCCCCACAGAGGAAUUAAAGCCCACGUUAUCCCAUUCUUCCGCCGGAUGCGUAGGGGACCACAGUUUGCCACAGAUGCAGGAAUCAGGACAUUCCCUCCUGGGCCGUGGGCCGAGGCAACCGCAUCAAAUCGUUUGGGAGAAAAAGGGACCCAACCCUUCCCUGGAGAAGGUUGAAUGCAAAGAAAGGGACAAACAGAUGCUGGGUACAAGUGAGAAAGACUCCCAUAUUGCAUCAGGGACCUGCACCCAGGAAACCUCAAACCCCACUCCUCUCCCCAAGGCUUCCAAAAUCACAAUUCCCCAACCGCUUCCCUCCUCCGGAAGCACGGAGACAUCAUUGCUUAGUAAUAGCUCGCACCUGUCACCUGCCAGAGUGGGGACCCCUAUCCGGGAGCCCCCUUCCCCCAUGCGUGGAGAUUCCCAGGCCGUGGUGGAGUCCCCAGUCUCUGCCCCCGAGCAGCAUCCAUUCACCCCUCUCCCAAAGCUGCUUCCCCCUUCCCCGGUCCGCCGGUGCCUCUCGUCAAGCGCUGCGGCCAUCUCUAGGUACAUCGCCGCUUCCUGCAUCAGUCAGAGCCUGGCCAGGAGAAACGGCGCCCCUCAGCCGGAAGAGCUGCAGAUACCUUGCCGGCCUCCCCCCUCCGUCCAGGCCCUGCCGAAGCCGAAAGCAAAUCCUCUGGCUCUUCUCCCCAAAGGGGCGCCCAAAGUCCCCGGCAGCUUGAGGAGGGCAGAGGCCCGGUCUCCACGAGAUGCUUCUCCGGCUGGGUACGCCCCCCGUUGCUUCAGCCCGGGGCCUUUGUCACCCACUCGCCAACGCGCCUGGUCAGCAGCGGGCCCGCUCUUUGAGCAUCGUACGACAUUCUCUUCCGCCUCAGAGCCCAACUCCCGGGUCCAGUCGCCCUCCCCCAUGAAGUCCAGGGUCUGCUCCCCACCUCCCGUGGGGUCCCAGGCAUGCACUUUCACCCCUCUGUACGCUCACCUUCCUGGGCAGCCACCUGCCCACAUUGCUGCCCCGGUGCCCCAGACAUUGACCCCUGCCCUGGGGCCGUCUGUUUCUCCUCAGUGCGGCUGGAGGCCUCGAGGGAACAGCCUUCCCACCAGCGGGCUGACCGAGAACCCAGCCACAAACGGAGACCGGGCAUCGUCGUGGUGUAUCGUGGGGCCUACCUGCCCAAAUCCCAGCCUGCUGACUGGGGCUCACCUCAGUUCACAUGAACUUGGCAGCAUCAAGUGGCCAAACGUGCCAGGUCUGCGUUCGAAGUAUGGCAGCGCUGAACGUCGGCCGAGCCCCCAGAGGAGGGAAGCGGAGGGGGAGAAUUGUCCCAGACUGGACGCCCCUGGCGCCACGGAUGUGGCUCAGUGCGCAGAGAAGAGUCACCAAAGGGCCAGCUAUUCUACGACGGUCAGCAUCCAGAUUGGUGGCAGCGGUAGGAUCGCCUCAUUUAGCAACGCCCAGGUCAGUCUGACCCACCCGCUUCUGCCCACACCGGAGCAGCCGAGUAUCAGGAAGAUCAACGGCAGUUCGUUGGAGACGCCACAGAAGACGUGAACUUUGGAGGCAGCGAUGGCUCGAGGCAGU